AUGUCUGAUCCAGUUCAAGUUUUCAUGGAGAACGUUUGCCAUUUAACCGGAUAUUUACAUAGGUUGCUUUUUCUUAUGAAAGAAUUAGACAAAAAGGAACAUAAUAUUAAUGAAAUGAUUGAAAAAAAAGAAGAAAUUUAUUUAGAAAAGUUAAAUGAUAUUCAUAAAAAGAAAUCAGAAAAACAAUUAAAAUAUAGUAAUGAUGAAUCUAAUAUAGAAUCAAACAAUGAAUCAAAUAAUGAACAUUCAAUCAAAAAUGAUAUUAUUGAAGAUAUUCCAAAAAAAAAAGAAAAUAAUGAAUGCAUGGAAUAUAAAAAUGUGAAGGAAAAAAAGAGUGAAGAAAAUAUUUCAAAUUAUAUGAAAAAUAUUGAUGAUUUUGUCAAAGAAAAAGAAAUACUGAACAUAGAAGAUGAAAAUAUGAAUAUAAAUAAUAGCUCUCAAAACUCUUAUAAUAAUUAUAUAUCAAAAGAAAAUGAAGAAAAUAAAAAAAAAGAAAAUAUGAAUAUGCAUUCCUGUAAUUAUGAUAAUAAUUUAGAAAAUUUUAAAAAUAAGAAAUUAACUCAAGUGCAGAUUGAUGAUAGUAAUAAUAAUAAAAACAUAAAAAUAAAAUUAGAUGCUAAAAGGGAAUAUAAUGAUGAAGAUAAAAAGAAAGAAAAUAAAUUUGAUAUACAUCUUAAUGAUGAAAAUGAAAAGAAAGAAUAUGUAAGCGAUAUUAUUAAUAAAGAUAAUUAUGAAAAAAAAAAAAGAGAAAAAAGACAAAAUGUUAUAAAUGAAAAUAAUAAUGAAGAUAAAACAAUCAAAAAAAUAAAAAUUUUUGAUAAUACACCAAAUAAUGAAUUCAUCAUUGAAAAUAAAGAAAAUAGCCAAAAAAUAAAUUCUACACAAAGUAAAGAUUGUGAUAUAUCUCACAAAAAUUUAGAAAAAACAUAUAUAAAUUCAAAUGAAGAUGAAACUGAAAAUCAAAAUGAUUCAAAUAAAUUUAAUGAAGAAGAACUGAAUAAUUAUCUAAAUGAAAUCAUGAAUGAUAGAGAACAAUGUAUAGCCUUGUUAAGGGAAAAAAUAUGUAUAAAUAAUCAGAUAUCAUAUAUGAUAAAACAUGAUUAUGAAAAAUUAAAAAAACAGUAUGAUAAAUUAUACACAGAAAUGGAAAUGAGUGGAGAAUCACCUCCUUAUUUAUAUAACUCUUAUAAAAAUAAAAAUGUACCAUCAGAAUUAGAAGAUUAUAAUAUAAAUAUGAAAAACAAAACCAAUUAUAAUAAUUAUCAUUAUGGAGCAUAUAAUAUUGAUAGACAGAAAACAGAAGAAAACGAAAAUUUUUUAACUAGAAAUUUAAGUCGAAAAAACAUAAACAAAUAUAAUGAAUAUAAUACUUGUACAGAUAAAGUUAAAAAAAGUAAAAAAAUAAAAAAAAAUAAAAUUGAAAAUGAUACGUCAAGCAAAUCAUUAAAAAAUUUAAAUGACAAGAAUAAUAAUCAGAAAAUGAGAAUAAGCUUAUUUUCUGCUAAAAAUAAUUAUGAAAAUAAAAUUCGUUCAUCAGAAUUGAAUGAUCUUUGCAAUAAAACAGAGGAUAAAGGUAAAAAUUACGUAAAUCAAAUAAAAACUAAUUCUUCAUUAAAUUUAACAUCAGAAUAUAGUCCAAAUAAAAAAAUUAAUGAAAGAUGUAUAAAUGAUUAUUCCAAGGGGAAAAAUGCUAUUCCUUAUGAUUCAUUAAGUAAUUGUGAGAAAAAUCAGUUACAGAAUAAAAAUGCAAUAUAUGAUUCUAUGAAACAAGAAAAUAAUACUUCACUUUGUGAUGUUUAUGUAGAAAAUAACGUAGAAGAAGAUAUUUGCCCUAUAUGCAGUAAAGGAGAAUCAGCUUCAAGUGAAUUUGGAAUGGUUGGAUGUGAUUCAUGUAAUAAAUGGUUUCACUUUGAAUGUGUUAAUUACGAAAACAAUGAUUGUAACGAAUCUUGGUUUUGCCCUAAAUGUGUUUCAGUUAAUGAAUCAAAUAUGAAAUCUUUGUUAAAAUAA